AUGGAAGAGGUGAUUUUCACUAACCCGCAAAAAAUUGCUGAUCAAACAAAAGAAAUCAUUAUUUUUGAUGGACAAAUUCAGUAUCCUGAUUUUUCGGAGAAUGAAGGAAAACUAGUCCAAGGAGAAAAAACCCCUGAUAUUGACUUAAAUUUUUCCGGAGAAUACCAAAAAACUGCUCAUGAUUAUGUUCGUGAACUUCUUGGAGAAGAACAUGUUUAUCGAAUUGGCACUAUUAAUAAAUUAUCUCAACAAACCGCAGAAAUAUUUUUACGAGAAUAUAAAAAACUAAAAAAAGAACUUAACCCUAAAUUUAACCUUUAUAAUAAUGGUGAUGACGAAAAAUUAUUAGAACAAUUAAAAGGAAUUAAGCCGAACAUUUUUCUCAAAUUGGAUAUCUUGGGGCAUGAUGAACCCACUGUUUUACAAAAAUUAUAUGAAUUAACCAAAGUAAAUCCUGAUAACAUUUCUUUCCAUGAUGAAAAAAUUAUGGAAAUUUUCACCCAAGCAGAUACUUUGGGAAUUCCUGAAUUCGGCACAGAUUUUGUGAAAAGAAAUUUUCUGAAAUCUCUCAAGCCAACCAAAUUUUCCCAGCUGGUUCAGAUUUCAGUAGAUAACAAAACUGCUUUUCUGGCUAGUGAAUACAUUCGUAAAGGAAAAUGGAAUAGUCUAAAUAGUGAAAUUAAAAAAGCAAUUCGAGAAAAAAUCGGCUUGGCUGAUGAAGAUAUCAAUAAUAUAACGAAAGAUUUAACUGUCAAACAAAACAAUUUAAUUGCUAAAAUCAGUCAAGAACUAGCCGAAUUAGAAGAAAAUAGUUUAAUUGAUUUGUUGCGAAAAAUAAAUGAAAAAUUGGAAGAAUUAGGAGAAACGGGCAAGUUAACUACAUAA